AGAAACGCUGAGCACACUGAUUGCAAACACGGAAAUACAGUUCGAGAAGGAGGGCGUUACAGCGUGCUCUCUAGUUUCAUCUUUAAGUCAAUAAAAUUAGAGCAUCCGCGAUCAAAAGAAGACGUCGUAUGAAAUUUGAAAAACCAAGUGGUUUGUAUAGAUAUUUCUUCUCGGUCUAUGGAUUCGUUGCAGUUUCUGUCAUGGGCCUGCACCGUGUUUACAGUCGGGAUGUUCUCGACUGGACUGUAAGUUUAAUUCCACAAACUAAUGUUACUUUAAACUCUUAUUUAUCCAAACAUUUCAAACGCCUGCAUAGAAUCUAAAAGAUGUGAAAUACAUUUAGUGGAUUUGCUUAAUGGGUCACUUCUUUUCUGCUCCCCUGUCAGCUGCAUGGACAUAUAGGACAUUUAUUUUUAUCUCACCCGCUUGUUGCAUAUAUGUGUGUGUGUGUAUUUUUAGGACCGACCUAAAGAAGAUGCGAGAAUCCAAAAGUGCCGACAAUAUCCAGUUUCUACCUUUUCUCACCACGUGUCUUAAGUGAGUAUUUGUGUGGCAGUGAUCCUCCAAACUAUGUGGUCAAUUAUUUCUCUCUAAUGCUUGUGGUGUUUCCAUAGUAACCUGGGCUGGCUGUACUAUGGUAUUCUGAAGAAAGACCAGACGAUCAUCCUGGUCAAUGUAAUUGGAGCUCUGCUGCAGAUCUUGUACAUUUUCAUGUAUCUCUACUACGCCAAACAAAAGGUCAGCUGAGCAUAGCUAUAACUUUAUUUGAAGAGGUUGUUUGCACAUCAGUCGCUCAGUGUGUGUGUGUGUGUGUGUGUGUGUCUUAGAGGCUGGUGAUGUCCCAGACGCUGGUAGCAAGCGGAGUGUUGACUUGUGGCUGGUUCUACUUCACCAAGAUUCUUCCUGAAGGAGAAGUUCGGCUCAACCAGCUUGGUCUCACCUGCAGCGUGGUCACCGUCAGCAUGUACAUGUCUCCGCUCACAGACCUGGUACAACAUACAUGCAUGCAGACACACAACAUAGAAACAGCAUGAACACUACAAAUUAAGUAGAUUAAGUAGAAAUGUGAAGAUAGAUUGUUUUAGUCAUGGUUAUCUUGAAUUACCUGUUACAGUUAAAAGGAUAGUCUAGUGUAAAAUUAAGUUAGGGUCAAACACACCGUAACAUCGAGUUAGACACCCCCUCAAAAGAUGAAUAGAUGAAAUGUUCUUCCUUGAGCUGCGUCACCCCGCUGCAGUCCGUAAUGGGCUGGCCCAAGGUCUCGCUACAAACAAGUGGCUGCUGGAGGAGAGUUGGUGAGUUGUGUUUAGUCUCUUUGCUAAAGAAACUAGGCAAAGCUAAAAAGAUGUUUGGUGGCUAGUGCUUUGACUUGGACCCUAUAUGUACUGUUGAUGAAGUUAGGUGCUGUUGUGAGCAUUAUUUGUGGCUAUAGAGUGGCUUUUUGGUUGAGGUUUGUUUAUGGCUCCUCAGACCGCUGUGUAUUGCUAUCGUGCGGUUGUUACUAAAGUUGGUAUAACUAGAGAAGCAAGCGGUCGGCAACAUUCAUCUCUGGAGGGGGUGUCUAACUCGGUGUUACGGUGGGUUUGACUCUAAAUUAAUUUUACGCCAGAAUAUACCUUCAAGGUAAAAGUAAAUUUGGAAAUAAAAUGUUUUUACAAAUGGAUUUCACCCCUGGACGAACAAAAAUACAUUAAUUAGAAGAUGAGCACGAAAGGAGUAGUCAUUGCUGUGCAUUAAAACAUUUGCAUUGAUUGACAUUUUUGAAAGUAGAAACUUGACAGUUGUCAUUGGAAGAUCAUACGUAUCAUGCAUGGCAGAUGCUUCUUGUCCACCAGUGGGAGGGCUGAGCAUUUCAAUCUGGAAUUAUUCUGCUAGAUAUUCCAAAUAUUUCCAGUUCUUCACACUGUACCCUUAAAAUGGAAGUUCUAAAUCCCUUUACCAAGAGAGACCUGUAGUGACAGGAUAGUAUUGUUCAUGUGGUUAAACAUUUACUAUCACACAUUCUUUUUUUAAACAUGUCUAAAUAAAUAUUUGGUGCAAAAUUAGGGAUCCCUCAGGCAAAUAGUCAUGUAAUAAAUGAUGAAAGAGCCCUUUAGGAUUAGUAGGAUUAGAUCCUGUCACUGCCUUUCCAGAUCCUGCUUGACCUGUCAGGUUUCCUCGAAGAAAAACCCUCUAACUGCACAUUAUUCCUGAAAUAGCUUCAGUUAUUUAUCAGACAAGAAGAAAUUCAAAUAGCUGACACUAUCCUCUCAUGUUACGUAUCAAGCAGGAAUCUUUGCUUGGAUCCUUUCUUCUAAAUAUUAAAAAGAAUUUGAUUGUUGAGUCAGAGUUGAUAUGAAGGAGAAGUAAGAAAUGAAAAACUUUGAACAUCAUCGUAUUCAUUACACGCCUAGAACACAUCGAAUUGAUGAUUUAGAGCAAGUAAGAGAAAGUCUUUUGAUUUGAAGGUACUGAUCCUUUAUUCCUUCACUGAUCUACUUUUGAAAGAGUCCUGGUUCACUCGCUCUUUCUUUUUUUUUUGAUCACUGUGUCUGUUAAAAGAGACGAGUUUUGACAUCAGUGAGUUAUUGCUCCGCUCAAAGUGUAAACCAUAGCUGUGUUUCCGCCCAUUAAAGCCCAGUCAGUGGCUGCUGAUUGCUUUUCCAAGUGCUGCAUUAAUACAGUGAGGUCCAUUAUCUCAAGAGUGCUGAAGUGAGCUGUUCAUGCUUUGGAGCAUUAGGAAUAGAUGGAUGAUAGGCACCACAGGUUUACUAAUCUUAUCGAUUUUAUUCAAUUUUACAUGCAAACCACUGACUCUACUGUUAUUAUCUCGAAGCACUGAUGGUGUUUUCUGCAUGUUCCACAUUUCCAAAACCUUAUAGUAUUAGCUUUAACACCAUAUUAAGUUCAUGCAAUUGUAAACAGAACACCAAGUCCUCUCCUCUGAACUUAUGCUUCACUGAGCAGACAGCAUCUGUUCAGUCUAGUAUCCUCAGCGCCUCAUGGCAGCGCCACACGUGCAGAUAUUUGCUAAUGAAGGAAUGAAUCUCAGUUCUUUCUAUUUCCUCUAGCUUCUUUGUGUCAUCUUGUUUCUCUGUCUGCUAUCCUGUUUGUCUCCUUCUCUCCAUCUGCUUCACAGCUCCGAAUGACCCCUACUCUGCAGUUUCCUGCCUUUCUUUCUCUCAUCUGUGCCUUCCUGUUAUUGUCUGACUCAUCCUCUUGGUUACAUUCUGUUUCUUCCUUACAGUUUGUGUAUCAUUUUGUCGGCACUUACCACUAUUGUUCACACAUCACAUUAAAUGAGUAACAGUGAAACCAUUCCUAUUAUGCUGCAUUUACCUUCUUGAUGUAGAUGUCUUUUCAGUUUAGCUAACUUUUAGGGGGUUAUACCUCCAAAAGUGUUUUUGAAUUUUUCUGUUGUCCCUCAUACUUUGGUUGACCUGAGGUUUGAGUCACUAGAAAUGACCAAGUCAUACCCAAGUGACUCUCUUAUUGUUUUAGACAUUGUUUCCCUGUUUUCAACAACUCUUGUAUCUAUGACAACCAUAGACCCAUUCUGAUAAAAGGUACCAGAUCACAUGGACACAAUCAGGAAGCUUGAUUUGGCCGUCUUCCCAAUCUAGCUUCUUGACUGUCAGCAUUGUGGGAGCUCUGUAGUAAAAAUAUCGAUAAUCUGUUCAACUGAUUAUUUAUUCUCUAGCCAGCUGAUAAGGAUCACAGCAUUAAAUCAUUGAUGUUGACACAGCCAAACUAACUAGAGAAGAAAAGUCUACUAUCCAAGACCAGGUCACGACUAACUGCUGUGUUUACAGGGUCCUGAGUCGAGCUUGAUUUUGAUGAUUGAAUGGAUGCAGAGCUGGCCCACGCCUCAAUGGGGCUCUAAGCAAAAUUAGAUUUUAGGGCCCUCUAUUUCUGCCAAUAAUAUUGAUUGUUGAUCAUUUACACACCUUCACAAAUCUCUUUGAUGAACAUUCCAUGACAUGCAAACAUACCUUUAUCUUGCCGUUUUUUCUCUUCUUCCUCUUUCUUUUCUCUGCUCCUGAAGGAUAUGUCUUUUUUUGCGACAUUGUUUUGCCCCACAACUACCCGCGCUUUGGAUGCUCAGUGCAUAUUGCAGCACUAAAAUGUUUUUACUUUAUUUUAUUUUUACAAUAAUAUAUAUUUGAUCAUACAGAAAGCAUCACUCAUACAUGCAAAAUAUAAUUUUUUUAUUAAUAUAUUAAUUUUUAUAAUAUUAAUAAUAUUAUUAUUAUUUUUUAAUUGCUCUUAGGGGCCCCCUAUUGGCCGUGGGGUCCUAAACAGGUGCUUAGUUCGCUUAUGCCUUGGGCCGGCUCUGAAUGGACGACAUAACAAUUGAAGAGUGAACAUCUUCACAUUACAAAAUUGAUUCAUAAUGGAUGUGAAAAUAUGUGUUAAUGGGGUUUUACAUUACAUCGUUCUCUCUUCUGUUUUAGGUAGAGAUUGUGCGACAAGGUGAUGUGAAGCGCUUGUCCUUCCCUCUCACUGUAGCCACCUUCUUCACAUCAACCUCUUGGGUCCUGUACGGCCUCCAGCUGGAUGACUACUUUAUUGUGGUAAGACGCAGUGAACUCAGACUUCAACAUUGUUUUUUGAAGCUGGUUCCCUUAAAGCCCUCAUGCCAUCUCUUCUUCCUGUCCGUGCUCAUUCCAGGUACCAAACACGCCUGGAAUCUUCACCAGCCUCGUCAGGUUUUAUCUGUUUAGAAAAUUUGCGUCUGUCAAUCAAGACUCACCUUCCUAUAAGUCUAUGCAGAUGUGAAGAUGUGAGGAAGAGCAUAUUUUGGACCGAGGAUCAAAGCAUCAAGGACAAAAACAAACUGGACAACACUACAGAGAUGUUAUAGCAAGGGCAAAAAAAUGUAAUCUUUGGUUGAGGUUAUCAAUUUUUUAUCAAUUAUUCGCAGUUUAUGUUAAAAUUGUCGCCAUGACCUUAAAGUGCCUUCUGCUUGAUCAUGUUUGCCGUUUAAACUCAUUGGCCAACAUGUCAGCAGACUUGAUUGUUUGACAAUUGUAACUCGUGGAUUCUAUUUUGAUAUCAAUCAUUUACAAUUUCUCAUGUCUGUGGUACUCAUUUGUGGAGUAAUAGAAUAUAGAGUUUCACAUAUACUUUAUCUUAUCAUAUGGUGAGGCAAUGGUUAUACCUCUGUGGAAAUGGUACUAAUGAUUGUAUAACCAAUGCAUAUGGAAUAAUGAGUCAUAUCAGUGGCAGUGAAUAAAUAUAGUUCAUAAUUGUUUUCUAUGUAUUUUAUGCCUUUUUGAUACAGAAUAUUUAUGUUGGCGUAUGUCCAAUAUCAAAUAUUGUAUACGUAUAUUGCUAUUUUUGUAAACCCUUGUUGAUGGAAUUAAAUAAGAGAAGACUGUUAAAUCUUGUUGCUGUCAACUCAAAAAAGACAAUGUUUUGGUGGUUGUUUCGUUAUUUUUUUACAUAUAACCCUGGAGUCUUAAAGGUGCCAUCUAAAUAUAUUUUACAGCAACUGUCAAACUUAUUUUCUGAGCUUGUUGAACUUAAAACAUGGGAGGCAUCUAUGUUUUUUGGAGGGUGUUAGAACAGGAUCAAAAGCAGCACUUGACCUUUUGAAGUAAUUUGUGCCGUAGUGUGGAGGUUUUGUUUAGGACACAGUAAUGAGCUUACAUGCAGAUGUGUGGAGAUAAGUUUGUGUGUGUAUGUCAGUGUGUGUUUGAUUAGGGUGAUUGUGCGAGAAGAGACAAAAGCUUGUUUGAUGGUGCAGCAGCGUGAAUGAGCUUGUUUGUGUGAGUAUGUUGAUACAGAGAGGGCAGUGGUGGGAAAGGCCACGCCAGAGGUUCUCAUCCCAUGUGUGUAUACGUGUGUGUGUGUUACAUUGGCCUCUCUUCCUGAGCUCAAAGACUACCCCUGACAGAAAACACACAGACUCAACACUGUAUUGUGCUGGAAUUGAGUGUUAUGAAGAAAGGCUAAGCUAAGAGGGCUGGAGGUGGGAGAUGAAUGAGCUAGAGUUGAAAGAGGGAACAAAAAAAGAAACAGGAAUGUUUUUGAGACCAGAUUAGAAAACAGAGGGACGAAAUAUAGAAACAAGACAGAGGUGGGAAAUGGUGAAAGUGUUGUGACAUGUCAUAACAACAAAGUCAAACAGGCAUGCUAGCAGCUAGCUGUGUAGC